AUGUCCAAGUUCUUCAGUCUGGGGUUGCUUCUUGCCUCCAUCUGGACCACAAGGCACCUGGUCCAAGGCUCUCUCCGCUCAGAAGAACUUAUCGUCUCAGGACCAUGCAGAAUCAUGGGAGUCACCCUGGUGACCAAAAAGACACAGCCGCUUCUGAAUUUCACAGAAGCCCAGGAGGCCUGUAGGCUCAUGGGACUCACUUUAGCCAGCCAAGACCAGGUUGAAGAAGCACGGAAAUUUGGCUUUGAGACUUGCAGCUAUGGAUGGGUUAAAAAUCAGUUCGUGGUCAUCCCUCGAAUUAUCUCCAACCCCAAGUGUGGGAAGAGCGGGGUGGGCGUCGUGAUUUGGAGAAGUUCACUCAGCAGUAGGCACAGGGCCUACUGUCACAACUCAUCUGAUACUUGGAUUAACUCAUGCCUUCCAGAAAUUAUCACCACUGAUGAUCCCUUAUUCAACACUGAAACUGCAACAUACACAACGAAAAUGAUGGUCACAACAAAAAUGAUGGUCAGUGACAGUACACACUCUGCAUUGUCUACUGACGGUCCUGACUAUGUUACAACGACUGUGGCUCCCCCUCUGGCGUCCACUUCUCCUCCACGCAAAAGAAAAUUAAUUUGCAUAACAGAAGCUUUUAUGGACACUAGCACCAUAGCUACAGAAAGAGAAUCAGAUAUCCAAAAUAGACCAGCCUUCAAGAAUGAAGCUGUUGGGUUUGGAGGUGUUCCCACAGCCCUGCUGGUUCUCGCGCUCCUCUUCUUUGCUGCCGCAGCUGGCCUUGCAGUUUGCUACGUCAAAAGGUAUGUGAAGGCAUUCCCUUUUACAAAUAAGAACCAGCAGAAGGAAAUUAUAGAAACUAAAGUAGUAAAAGAGGAGAAGGCCGAUGAUAGCAACCCUAAUGAGGAAUCAAAGAAAAUGAAUAAAAAAUCAGAGGAGCCCAAGAGUCCACCCAAAACCACAGUGCGAUGCCUGGAAGCUGAAGUUUAG